CACACUCACACCUGUUGUUGCCAGCCAUGGCUCAGAAUCACCGAUCCCAAAGUGACUUCACCAACAUGUCAUCCAGCAACCAGGUGUUCUCGAACACAACAACAUCUUCGACGCAAAAUAAUGAAACAACCUCCCAAUUACAGCAUACAUCCAGGGUCAGCGAGUUAGCAAACCCUUUCGAUGGCAUCCUCCGAACAGAGUCUGGUCGCGAAACAUAUUACCCUGAUGGGCAACAGUCCUCCAAUCAGGCAGAGCUGAAGCGCUCGACAUCACAUGGCAGCUAUAGACUGUUCUCAAACACUGAGAAGCGGGACACAAAUACAUCCGGCGGCCUCACAGCAGGCGGACUAGCUGCAGCCGGUGCUGGAGCUGGAGCUGGUGCCGGGCUCUUCCAUGCUUCAGAGAAACACACGGAUACAACACACAGCGAUCAGUACCUUCAAGAUGGAACGGAUGACCAUGAGCCUCUCGAAAAGGUAGCGACAGCAAGCUCGAGCGACUCUUCAUUCACCAGAUAUGGCUCCAAUGGCCAGCGCCGCAGCAGGAAAGGAACCAAGAUAUCAGACACUGACGAUAGCGAGAGUUCACCCAUGGAGCGCACAGCCACAAAACCUGAAAUCAAUAAUGAAGAGAGAAGGGACCUUCGGCGAGCUCUCACUAGCUUGAGCAUGUCCAGGCAAGGGACGCGUCACAGUAUUGCAGAGCCCAACGACCCAACCAUGGACCCCAGCAGUGAUUCCUUCGAUCUUACCAAGUUCCUGCGCUCUUUCAGGCACUAUCUUGAGGAAGAAGGAAUCGAGAUGAAGCAACUUUCUGUUGUCUACAAGAGCCUCAACGUGUACGGAUCAGGCGCAGCAUUGCAGGUACAGAAGACUGUCGCAGAUAUGCUGAUGGCGCCAAUUCGACCACAAGAAUUUAUCAGUUUCGGCAAGAAGGAUCGCAAGCAGAUUCUGCACAGCUUCGAUGGUAUAAUCAAGGCUGGCGAGCUUUGUGUUGUCCUCGGUCGACCUGGAUCCGGAUGUUCGACACUCCUCAAAGCAUUGACUGGAGAACUCCACGGCCUCGAGAUUGAUGGAUCUGAAGUUCACUACAACGGUAUUGAGCAGCGCAAGGUUAUCAAGGAGUUCAAGGGAGAAACAGUCUACAACCAAGAGGUUGACAAGCAUUUCCCACAUUUGACAGUCGGUCAGACUCUUGAGUUCGCUGCCGCAGUUCGUACACCGUCGCAUCGUCCUCACGAGACGUCCCGCAAAGAUUUCGCCAAAUACAGCGCGCAGGUCGUUAUGGCUGUCCUUGGCUUGAGCCACACCUACAACACUAAAGUAGGAAACGACUUCGUUCGUGGAGUUAGUGGUGGAGAGAGGAAACGUGUCUCCGUUGCUGAGAUGUUGCUUGCUGGUGCUCCUUUCGCCUCCUGGGACAACUCAACUCGUGGAUUGGACUCGGCGACGGCGCUCAAGUUCGUCCGCUCAUUGAGAAUUGGAUCUGACAUGACUGGUGGCGCUGCUGCUGUAGCGAUCUAUCAGGCUUCCCAGAGUGUGUACGAUUGCUUUGACAAGGCAGCAGUUCUGUACGAGGGGCGUCAAAUCUACUUCGGACCUGCCAAUAAGGCACGAAGCUUCUUUGAACGCCAGGGUUGGUACUGCCCUCCACGCCAAACCACAGGUGACUUCUUGACAGCGGUCACAAACCCUGAUGAGCGACAGCCUGUGAAGGGCUUCGAGAACAAGGUCCCUCGCACACCAGAAGACUUCGAGAAGUACUGGCGUGAUUCACCUGAAUACCAGAGCUUGCUCAAGGAGAUCCAGGAAUUCGAGCAAGAGAACCCUGUUGGCGAGCACUCGACACUCCAUGAGUUCCGCCAGAAGAAGAACUAUAUCCAGGCCAAGCAUGCCCGUCCCAAGUCCCCUUACCUCAUCAGCAUUCCAAUGCAGGUCAAGCUCAACACUGUCCGAGCAUAUCAGCGCAUUUGGGGUGACUUCGCUUCCACCGCCACUCAGGCAAUGCUCAACCUUGUCAUGGCUCUUAUUGUCGGUUCCAUCUAUUUCGGUCACUCGCAAGGCACCAGCUCUUUCCAAGGCAGAGGCGCGGUUUUGUUCUUGGCUGUUCUCUUCAACGCACUGACCUCUAUUGGUGAAAUCAGCGGACUGUAUUCUCAAAGACCAAUCGUCGAGAAGCACAACUCCUACGCAUUCUACCAUCCAGCAACAGAGGCUAUAGCAGGUAUUGUCGCAGACAUACCAGUCAAAUUCCUUCAAGCAACGGUCUUCAACAUCGUCUUGUACUUCCUCGCUCAGCUUCGUUACACUCCCGGUCAAUUCUUCCUGUACUUCCUGGUCACCUACAUUGCCACUUUUGUCAUGGCUGCCAUCUUCCGAUCGACAGCUGCCUUGACGAAAACGGCAUCGCAAGCCAUGGCCCUAGCAGGAGUUUUGGUGCUGGUCCUCGUCAUCUACACGGGUUUCGUCAUUCGCAUACCGUCCAUGCACCCUUGGUUUUCCUGGAUUCGGUGGAUCAACCCAGUGUUCUACGCUUUCGAGAUCCUAGUCGCGAACGAGUUCCACGGAGUUCAGUUCCCCUGCGACCAGUUUAUUCCCAUGGGACCGGGCUACACACAAACCGGUAAUUCAUUCAUCUGCAAUUCGCAAGGUUCAGUGGCUGGUCAGACAUUUGUUUCUGGAGAUGACUUCAUCGAAAUCGCCUACGAGUACUCCUGGUCUCACGUCUGGCGCAACUUCGGGAUCCUAAUUGGUUUCUUGAUCUUCUUCAUGAUCAUUUAUUUCAUCGCUGUGGAAGUCAACUCAUCUACCACCAACACUGCCGAGCAGCUUGUUUUCCAGCGCGGCCAUGUUCCGGCUUACAUGUUGGAGAAGGGCGGCAGGCAAUCUUCUGACGAGGAGUCUGCCGAACCCGCUGCUCGUGCCGAAGGCGGAGAGACCGAUGUCAGUGCUAUCGAAGAGGCCAAGGGUGUCUUCACAUGGAGAGAUGUAGUCUACGACAUUGAGAUCAAGGGCGAGCCUCGACGACUUCUAGACCAUGUUUCGGGGUACGUCAAGCCCGGUACUUUGACCGCUCUCAUGGGUGUCAGUGGUGCCGGUAAGACUACUCUUCUCGACUCUCUCGCUCAACGUACCACUAUGGGCGUCAUCACCGGCGACAUGCUCGUAAACGGAAAGCCAUUGGACCCCAGUUUCCAGCGUUCUACAGGUUACGUCCAACAGCAAGAUCUCCAUCUUGAAACCAGCACUGUCCGCGAGGCGCUCCGCUUCUCAGCCGUGCUGCGCCAACCAAAGUCGGUACCCAAGCAGGAGAAGUACGACUAUGUCGAAGAGGUCAUCAAGAUGCUGAAUAUGGAGGAUUUUGCUAACGCUGUUGUUGGUGUCCCUGGUGAGGGUCUCAAUGUCGAGCAGCGCAAGCUUCUCACUAUUGGCGUUGAACUGGCAGCCAAGCCCAAGCUUCUGCUCUUCCUUGAUGAGCCUACUUCCGGUCUUGACAGUCAGAGUUCCUGGUCCAUCAUCUCUUUCCUCCGCAAGCUCGCAUCUGCUGGCCAGGCUAUCUUGUGUACUAUCCAUCAGCCUAGCGCCAUCCUCUUCCAGGAGUUCGAUCGCCUCCUAUUCUUGGCUAAGGGAGGAAAGACCGUUUACUUUGGCGAGAUUGGAGAGAACUCAUCGAAACUGCUUCACUACUUCGAGAACAGCGGUGCUCGCAAGUGCGGCGAGGACGAGAACCCUGCCGAGUACAUGCUCGAGAUUGUCAACGCAGGCAAGAACGACCAAGGUGAAGACUGGUUCAACGUCUGGAACAAGAGCGAAGCAGCCAAGCAGGUGCAGCGCGAGAUCGAUGAGAUCCAUGAACAAACACAGCACUCUAACCUCAACAUCGCCGAGGAGACAGGUGGCACCGAAUUCGCCAUGCCACUCUGGACCCAGAUCUGGGAGUGCACAUACCGUGUGUUCCAGCAGUACUGGAGGAUGCCCGAAUACGUCCUCGCUAAGAUCCUUCUCUGUGUCGUCGCUGGUCUCUUCAUCGGUUUCUCCUUCUAUGGCGCCGACAGUACUCAAGCUGGCAUGCAAAACAUCAUCUUCAGCGUGUUCAUGCUUACCACUAUCUUCUCCUCGCUCGUUCAGCAAAUCCAGCCGCUCUUCAUCACUCAACGUAACCUUUACGAGAGUCGUGAACGUCCUAGCAAGUCUUACUCUUGGAUUGCAUUCAUGAUUGCUAACAUCGUGGUGGAGCUGCCAUACGGUAUCGUUGCUGGUGUUCUUAUGUUCGCAUCUUUCUACUACCCAGUGGUCGGAGCUGGACAACAGUCUGCACGUCAGGGUCUGGUUCUUAUGUUCUCCAUCCAGCUCCUUGUCUACACGUCAUCUUUCGCAGCCAUGACUAUCGCUGCUCUGCCGGACGCCGAGACAGCUUCCGGAUUGGUCUCGCUCUUGACUCUGAUGUCCAUCCUCUUCAACGGUGUCCUGCAGACUCCUGGUAACCUUCCAGGAUUCUGGAUCUUCAUGUACCGCGUUUCGCCGUUCACAUACUGGAUCAGUGGUAUCGUCUCCACUAUGCUGGCAGGUCGCGAGGUGGUUUGCAGCUCCACGGAAGUUUCCGUCUUCGACCCACCAGCAGGCCAGACUUGCGGUCAAUACCUUGGUCCCUACGCUCAGGCCGCGAUGGGUACUAUUCAGAACCCGGAUGCUACUGCAUCGUGUCAGUACUGUGCAAUUUCAAGCGCCGACCAGUUCCUGGCUGGCAGCAGUAUCUACUACAAUGAGCGCUGGAGGAACUUUGGCAUCCUGUUCGCUUUCAUUUCUUUUAACGUUUUCCUUGCGCUCCUCACGUACUGGCUGUUCCGAGUCCUCAACCUCGGCAACCUCACUGCGAAGUUCCACAAGAACAAGAAGGGUGCGAAGGCGAAGGGUACUGCGGACAAGGCCGCAGAGGGUGUUGGAGAGGCAGCCAGGCAAGGUGCGCACCCCGGAAACCGCUCUGGGGAGAAGGAUACAGCGUAAUGGUAGAAAGUGGGGCCUAUUGUUUCUCUGCUUGUCAUUGCCUUUGUUGCGGCUUAAAACUUGGAUCCGUUGCUUCCUCGGGCCACAGUCAUCCACUCACCCACCAUUUCGGACGUGGGGCUCCUCUUCUGUUGAUCAUACUAGUCCUUAGUUUUCCGCCUAGCGCGUGAUAACUCGAUAUUCUGCAC